AUGACUUCUCGUGAGUGGAUGUAUAGAAUGGACACAUCCGAGUUUUAUGACGGAGUUGAGGAAUUUGUUAAACAGGCAGAUCGUUUUGUUUGUUCUCUAGGUUAUACUGAUGGUACAAUUAAAUGCCUGUGUAAAAGAUGUAAAAACUUAAAAUGGAAACGUCACGAGGAAACUAUGUAUGAUAUAUAUAGAUAUGGAUUUCUGCCUAAUUAUUAUGUUUGGACUGUACAUGGGGAGCGACGUCCUCAAACGCCCUCUCAGCAAGAAAUAAGGAUAGAUCUUAAUGAAGGCGUUAGUUUAGCUCGUAACAUGGUCAUUGAUGCUGCUGGCCCAAAAUUUCAUUUUGAGUCAGAAGCAUCAAACUCUGAACCUGUGAGUCAUGAAGCAAAAAGGUUUAAUGACUUGUUAUCCAAGGCAAACGAGCCUUUGUUUGAAGGAUGUGAAAAACACUCUACUUUGUCAGCAACAUCAAGGAUGUUGAAUAUCAAGGCAGAUUAUAAUAUGAGCGAAAGUUGCUAUGACCGUAUUAUGCAAGCAUUUAAGGAGUUUAUGCCAAACUCCAAUCUUUGCUCUAGUUUCUAUGAGACUAAGAAGAUGGUAUCACAACUAGGUUUGGGGUACAAAAAGAUAGAUAUCUGUCCAAAUGGAUGCAUGAUAUAUUAUAUGGAGGAUGAGGGUAGAAGUGAGUGUUAUAGGUGUGGUCAUCCUCGGUAUAAACCUAAUGAACAAAGUCGUGCAAAGUUGAAAAAUAAACCUUUUAAAUACAUGCACUAUUUGCCAUUAACACCAAGGUUGCAAAGCCUUUAUAUGUGUAAGGAUACAGCUGAACACAUGACAUGGCAUCAUGAAUAUCGAAGAGAUCCUGGUGUAUUGUCACACCCAUCUGAUGGAGAGGCAUGGAAGCAUUUUGAUCGAACUUAUCCUUGUUUUGCUGCGGAGCCGAGGAAUGUUAGGCUAGGCCUUUAUGCCGAUGGUUUCACGCCCUUUGGGAUGUCAUCCACCUCUUAUUCUUGUUGGCCGGUUAUUGUAACACCAUAUAACCUGCCCCCUUGGUUAUGUAUGAAGUCUGAAUACAUGUUUUUGACAUUAAUUAUUCCAGGUCCUCACUCUCCAAAAAGAAAUAUUGAUGUGUUCUUAAAACCUUUAAUACAUGAGUUGGUUGAGUUAUGGGAAGUUGGUGUGGAAACUUAUGAUGCAUUUAGGGAACAUAACUUUCUGUUAAAAGCUACACUUAUGUGGACAAUCAAUGAUUUUCCUGCAUAUGGCAUGUUGUCUGGUUGGAGCACACAUGGCAGGCUUUCAUGUCCAUAUUGUAUGGAAAGAAGCAAAGCUUUUACUCUUAAACAUGGAAGGAAGACUUCUUUUUUUGAUUGUCACCGUCAAUAUUUGUCACUUAGUCAUUCAUUUGGAAGUAAUAGAGAUGCUUUUAAGAAAGGGAAAGUGGAGAGGGAUGAGCCUCCACCUAGGUUAUGUGGUUCUGAGAUAUGGCAGCAGGUUUGUAAAUAUCCAAAGGUGACUGAUAAACAUUAUCUCGUUGGAAAAGAACUCAUCGGAAUUGGAGUUCAUCACAAUUGGACUAAACGAAGUAUCUUUUGGGACUUACCUUCAUGGCCUACAAAUCUUAUUCGACACAAUCUUGAUGUGAUGCACGUGGAGAAAAAUGUGUUUGACAACAUCUUUAACACUGUGAUGGAUGAUAAAGAAAAGACGAAAGAUAAUGUCAAAGCAAGACAAGAUGUGCAAGAGUAUUGCAAGCGUCCUGAGUUAGAAUUGGUUAUGAAUGCCAAUGGAAACGUCUUGAAGCCAAAAGCGUCAUACUCACUUACAAAGGAGCAGAAAAAAGUUGUCUUACAAUGGGUAAAGGAGUUAAAGUUUCCAGAUGGGUAUGCCUCUAAUUUGUCUAGGUGUGUAGAUAUAGAGAAAUGUAAGAUGUCUGGCAUGAAGAGCCAUGAUUGUCAUGUUUUUAUGGAAAGAUUGUUACCAAUUGCAUUUAGAGAAAUGUUGCCAGAACCUAUAUGGAAGGCAAUGACAGAAGUGAGCCUUUUUUUUAGAGAUUUGUGUUCGACUACAUUGCAAGUAGAACAAUUAAAGAAGAUGGAGGAAAAUAUUGUGGUGACAUUGUGUAAACUAGAGAAGAUAUUUCCCCCUGGAUUUUUUGAUCACAUGGAGCACUUACUAGUUCAUUUAUCCUAUGAAGCAAGAGUUAGGGGUCCUGUUCAGUACCGAUGGAUGUAUCCUUUUGAAAGAUAUUUGUAUCAUUUAAAGAAAAAGAUAAAAAAUAAAGCUCGAGUUGAGAGUUCAAUAUGUGAAGCUUACAUUAUAGAAGAAAUCUCAAACUUCUGCUCACAUUAUUUUGAUGCACAUGUUAAAACCAACUUGACGGGAGUUGGUCGAAACAAUGACAGGCCCGAUGUUAGUUCAAGUCAGAAUAGAUUAUCAGUUUUUAAGCACCCCGGAAGGCCUUCAGGUGGUUUCAAACGUCGUUACUUAGAUGAUGAUGAGUUGAGAGUUGCAAUUUUUUAUGUUCUUCAAAAUUGUGAGGAAAUUCAACCUUUUUUCAAGAGUUUUGAAGCUGAGUUAAAAACAGAAUACCCAAAUAUAACAAGUGGACAAUUGAAUGAUUUUACAGAAAAUAGAUUUGCAGGCUGGCUAAAAGAUUAUGUCCUAAAUCCAUUAAAUUCUCACAUGGUCAAUGAUAAGAUUAUAAAUCUUGCAAUUGGUCCCGGUCGAUCUGUAAGAACAUGGAAUAUGUAUUGUGUGAAUGGAUUUAAUUUUCACACACUAUCUCCUAGUUCUGGUCGAAAAACUACAAACACGGAUGUUUGUGUUAUCGGUGAAGAAGGAGAGUACUACGGUCGCUUGAUAGAUAUCAUUGAACUAGAUUAUAAGGGUUGCUCCCAACUGAAUACAAUUGCACUUUUUAAGUGUGAAUGGUUUGACCCCAUUAAAAAUCGAGGUUGGAAAAUACAUAAUGACUUUGGGAUUGUUGAUAUCAACCACAAGAGGAAGCUACUGAAAUAUGACCCGUUUAUUAUGGCACACCAAGCACAACAAGUAUACUUUAUUCGUUACCCUAGUAUGCGGAGAAAUAAGGCUGACUGGUGGGUAGUGUGCAAAACGAAAGCAAGGAGUACUAUUGUUGCUCCAUCUCAACCAAUUAAGCUGGCUUACCAAGAAGAUAACAUUUCAGUACCUUUCGUUGUCACUGAACAUGAUGAAAUUGUAUCGUUAGUUGAUGAUAUGGGAGAUAUGGAACAUGUGCAAGUACAACAGUUAGAAGAUGAAGUCAGUGAAGAGGAAGAUUUGAAUGGAGAAGAAGGAGAAGAAUUAGAAGGGGAUGCUGAGGAGGAGAUAAAUGAAAAAAACGAUGAUGGUUACUAA